GACAGCAGGGAGAGAGAGCGAGAGAGAGACCUCCUACCCAAACAUCCCUUAAAAUGAAUUCCGACUCCAGCGCGAGCAGCAGAUCUUCCUCCCCGGACAUGGACAGCAUGUUUCUGCGAGAGCACCUGCACCACCACCACCACCAGGUCGGCUCCUCCGUCUCCUCCUCCACCAGCAGCGAGCAGCGCCAGAAGAUGAGCGACCUCCUGCGCGCCUCGGAAGCCAAGUCCUCGUCGGUGGGUAGCAGCAGCAGCAGCAACAAGUACAAACUGAAGAAGCAAGUGACGGAAGAGGAGAUGUUCCAGCUGCGGCUCAAGAUCAACGGCAGGGAGCGCAAGCGCAUGCACGACCUGAACCUGGCCAUGGACGGCCUGCGGGAGGUGAUGCCCUACGCGCACGGGCCCUCGGUCAGGAAGCUGUCCAAGAUCGCCACGCUGCUUCUGGCCCGGAACUACAUCCUGAUGCUGACCAGCUCUCUGGACGAGAUGAAGCGGCUGGUGGGGGAGAUUUACGGAGGUCAGCAUUCCGCUUUCCACUGCAGCACGGUGCCGGGCUCUCACGCCGGGGGACCUGCCGCCGCCGCCGCGGCAGCGCACCAGGUGCAUCCUCUCCUCGGGAGCGCGCUCUCCUCUUCCACUACGUCCACCUUGUCGAGCGCGCUGCCCGGACUUACUUCGAUCCGAGGGCCGCACAGCCUGAUGAAGGGGUCCCCGGCCGCCCCCGCUCUCCAGCUGGGCACCGGCUUCCAGCACUGGGCCGGACUCCCAUGCCCGUGCGCCAUCUGCCAGGUCCCGCCGCCUCCCCCUCACAUCCCCAUCACCUCCGCCGGACUUACAAGACUCACAGCGGAGGGCAAGGACUCCCUGAAAUGA